AUGGACGUUAAGAAAGACCCAGAACAUAUUGUUGACGAUGAUGCCCUCUCCUAUGCUGAGGGUCAACUCGAUGUUCCUGGUGACACAAGCAAACGACUGCCCCAAUCCCUGCAAGGGCUGAGCGAUGAUGAGAUCGCUCAGCUCAGUAGGAAGAUCGUGCGAAAGAUUGACCUCAUCAUCCUGCCGACAAUCGGUAUUCUAUACAUCUUGAAUUACAUCGACCGACAGAACCUUGCCUCUGCCAAGCUUCAAGGCAUCACCGAAGACCUGCAUAUGACCACUCAGCAGUUCGCAACUGCUGUUUCGAUCCUUUUCGUCGGCUAUCUCCCCUUUCAGAUCCCCAGCAACCUCCUUAUAACAAAGAUUUCGCGGCCAGGAAUGUAUAUCUGUGCUGCAGUGGCCGUAUGGGGCGCCAUAUCAGCUGCUACCGCUGCUGUAAACAGUUAUGGUCAGCUCCUCGCGGUCAGGGCCAUUCUUGGGGCCGCUGAAGCAGUGUUCUUCCCAGGUGCGAUAUACUUUCUCUCUGCCUGGUAUACAAGGACAGAACUCGGGAAGCGUAUCGCCGGCCUUUACAUUGCCCAGCAAGUUGGAAAUGCCUUUGGAGGUCUCUUUGCUGCAGCAAUCCUACAGCUUGACGGCGUCCAUGGGAUUGCCGGCUGGAGGUGGCUUUUCAUCAUCGAGGGCAGUGCCACAGUCGGCCUUGGUAUUAUAUGUGCUUGCAUCAUGCCAGAGUUCCCGCAUAACUGUCGCCUGCUAUCUCAAGAACAACGAGAUCUUGCUGUAUGGCGCAUCGAGUCUGAGGCUGGUGCAGCAGAGGGUACGGAGCAGGAGUCUGUACUGAGGGGAUUUGCGAAAGCCCUAUCGGAUCCAAAGUUGAUCCUACUCAUACUUUGCAACAUGCUCUCUCAGGUCCAAGGAUCCAUUGUUAACUAUUUCCCAACCCUCGUGGAUUCCUUGGGGUUCUCCUCGACUAUCAGUUUGCUCUUGACUGCUCCACCCUAUAUCCUGGCCGGUGCUGUCUAUUAUGUGAUUAUGUUUUACUCCGACCGAAAGAAUACAGCUUAUCCGAUUAUUCUGAUUUGCAUCGCUAUAUCAAUCGUCAUGUAUGUCAUCUCAAUGGCUACACUAAAUACCGGCGCGCGCUAUUUCUCCAUGGUCAUGCUACCGUUUGCUUCCGUGGGACCUCAGCUGCUCCUCUUCAAGACAAUCAACCUUCACCUUACACGUCCGGUUUCUAAGCGUGCAGCAGCCUCGGCUCUGGUUAAUGCCAUUGGAGGCACCUCCAAUAUUUGGGCCUCGUAUUUAUACUACUCGUCGCCGCACUUCUAUGCAGCAUUUGGAACUUUGAUGGCAAGUGCUUUCUUGCUGGGGGUGACGAUCACCGUCUAUCGCUGGUUGGUCUUGCGCGAAAACAAGCGACUUGAUUCGGGUGACCCAGCAGAGAUUGCCAAGGCAAUGAAUGGAGGGGUCACUGAUGAGAUGAUCCAGCUGAACUGGCGAUAUGAAAUGUACUAG